AAAAGACGACGGCGGAUUGACAGAAGCAUGAUUGGGGAGCCGACAAACUUUGUUCAUACUGCUCAUGUAGGGUCAGGAGACCUGUUCAGUGGAAUGAAUUCGGUCAGCUCAAUUCAGAACCAAAUGCAGUCCAAGGGAGGCUAUGGAGGUGGCAUGUCUGCAAACGUUCAGAUGCAGCUUGUAGAUACAAAGGCAGGAUAACCUUGGGGAUACCUUUCCUGUUUAUGUAAGUUCCUGUAUCUUCUUUCCUGUGUCCCCUCUUUUGCCUUGGUGACUGCUUUCUGUGCUCAUGACAAGAGAAGUGAUGGCUCAUUGUUCACCCUUUGUGAUUGCUCCAGUGAAAAGUUGCUGUUCUGCUCUGAUGAUGCCAUUUAUCAGAUUGGUCCAACUGUGCCUUUAGUGGCAUGCACACAUUGGCCUCUACCAGUAUCAUGGACAUAGAGCUGUUUAGGAUUGGUUUUAGCUUUUUGUUUGUUUUAAGGCAAAUUAAAGCACCAACCUUAGCUUUCUUCAUCCCUCACAAAUACUAAUGUGCAACAUUUUGUUGCUCUUUAGUCUUUAAAUCUUUUCUCUGCUCAAGUAAUUUAGAAGUGAGUGAGUUGCCAUUAAUGUCGUCAAUCAUCUAUUGUUCAUACCCAUUUCGGACCUGCAAGCACAAACGAUUAUUUCAUACAGAAUGAGCAGAGCAGAUGACCGCAUGCUUUGUGAGGUUGCUUUUGUAUGGUGGCCUGCUUGGUGCUAGAAGAAAAAAAAUAAUUGCUUACUGCAGACUGGUGAAAAAUUUUGCUGUGGCACCAAGUCAUGCCUGUUUCUGAAAAAGGACUUGUAACUUAGCUGCUUCAGAGUUAUGUCUUUAUUUUAGUUUUUAUCCAACUGGUCUUGAAAUAAUAAAGAGAGAGCUUGCAUUCAUGAGGCAUUUGUUGUAAAUGUUCAGUAUAUUUAUUUUGAAAGAGCUGACCUUGAGACUGUAAACCAGUGUAGUACCGUAUCUAAGUGUUGUGGAAGCGCUUUAGUCUAUUUAAAAAAGAAAAGCAUCAUGUUUGGCUGCUUCUUUUUCUUUCUACAAUUUUUUUUU